UUGUUUUCAUGUCGCAAAAUGAUAAAACUCCGCGACGUACUUCUCGUUAUUUCAUGGCUUAGUGUACCCACAGUGAUAACAGUUAUUUUGGAGCCCAAAGACAAAAAUCAUUCUGACAAUAUCCAUUCAAGUUCAAAUAAUAACAAUAAUAAUAAUAAUGAUAAUAUGGACAGUAGUUUUUCGCGUGUGUUUUCGCAGUGCGUGGAAAAAAAAAUCCACACGACAUUCGAGUGCUUCAAUGAGGGCAGCUUGAGUGUCCUAAGAUCUAUGAAUGACGAGGAUCAAUUGGAUUUCGGCGACGUCCAAUUAGACAGGUGUGAGGGUGAAGCUAGAGAUCUACUAGAUCUUGAUUACGACCCGAAGGAUUUUGGAAAUGUGGUAAAAGCUGCGGCUAGGAUGAUGGAGAGGAGAAAUUUGAAAUGGGACUUGGGUUAUUUGUACCCAGGAUUGAUGAUGAGAGUCGGCCCGGCGUUAAAUGGCAAUGGGAUGCUAGAGUUCGCGCUGGAUGGAAGGGUCGCUGGGUAUUCUAAUAGACAACUUGGUCCAGGAAGGAUGAUAAUGAGAAGUGUCGUACUGCCCUUCCUUCUAGGUCUGAAAUUCAGUUUAUCAUCACUUAUACCCUUGGUAUUUGGAAUCUUGCUUGUCGUGACAAAGAAAGCUUUGCUGCUUACGAAAAUAGCACUUAUUAUAAGCGGUCUACUUGGAUGGAAUGCAUUCGUGAACUCACCAAACAUCGGAGGACUUUCUCACGGUGUAUCUUCUGGAUUUCCUUAUAAUUACAAUAAUUUGAAUGGGUUCCAACAUCACUACGGUUAUGACCACAACACCAUUAACGACCAUCAUUACCCUUAUCGUCCGUACCGAAAUUUGGUCAAAGACGUCGGCGGAUACAACCAUCAUGUUAUAAAAGAAGUAGUCGAAGUUUAUGACCCUGAAGCCGAUACUCGGCAUGACAGCACUCCUCGAAACGGAAAAAAUUUUCUGUGGUCAAGGGACUAGUUUAUUUACAAGAAAAUAUUUUAUUUUUAUUUUCUAAACAGCUGUUGAUAUUUGUUAUGUUUUUUUAUGUAUCAGAUUAAAUUAGUCGAGUAGAAGAAAGUGGGAGAAAUAAAGAGGCUAAGAGUACAGUACGAAUAAUUUUAAUUAUAUUUUACUUUACUUAGAAAAUAAUUAAAAAAUAUAAUAUGUAAUUUGAUAUCAAAGCUACGGUUUGAAACCAUGAGGGCCAUCUUUAACUAUGGAGUGAAAAUUUCUUUGAAUAAGUGCUGCUAAUAAUUAUUUCGUUCCCGAUAUCUCUUGUGAACUAAUUAAUUUAUCUGAGUGAAUGUUGCGGUAAUUGGGAAAGCUUAUCAAGAUUUAGGUUUCAUUAAAUUUCACACGAAAAAAAAAUUUUGUAAACAGAAGAUAAGA